AUGCCCAUUCCGAUCGACGGUGCGUCGAUUACCCCCUCGGCGGCGGACGAAUCCGUUAACAGAUUAGUAGCCGCUGCACCGGAAACCAUGGGAUCCCCCGACAAGCAACCCCUAGCAGACGGCGACGCCUCUGCUACCCCAAGAUCUCCUGCGCCGCCAGCCGAUGACCAUCGCGGAGAAGAACCUAGCGCAGACGGAGAACCUAGCGCAGACGGAGAACCUAGCGCAGACGGAGAACCUAGCGCAGACGGAGAACCUAGCGCAGACGGAGAAGCUACGGCAGACGGUGACGCAUGUGGUGCCCGAACAUCUCCUAUCUCGCCACCAGACGAAACCGCUAAUCCUUUGGUCAGCUUAGAGAUCCCCGGAGUAAAUGCUAGUUCCGGAGACUUAGACCCAUCGAAGAACGAGAAAGGCCCUAUCGCGCCCUCCGAUGAAACCGCCAGCGACGUCCCCCCUUCUCCCCGAGAGCAGUCUCCCGCCAGAGACCUUCGUACUUGCCUAACGAGGAGAUCUACACUGCGUUCUGGUGGACAGGACAAGAAUUAUGAUAUUGUCAACCGUCCCAACAAACGGACCCGAGAAAUUGUACGUGGACUCAAAGCAGAUUCUCGGCCAGUGUACCUCCCCAAACCAAAUCCCUCACGGCCAGUGGACAUCUCGAGAGCUAAGAGCCACCCGCGCGCGGAAAAUGUUGGUGGACAACCCCAGCAGGACAGUGUCUCUUCCCUGCUCCCACAUCGUUUAUUUGCGACUAAUCGAUAUCCAGCGGGUGGACGUAUCAAUUCAUAUUCAAGGCCGGAGUAUCUCCUCGACAUUGUCGAUGUCUUGGAUGGUUCAUUGGAGUUUGAGUGGCUUAAGCAGUCAUCUUUCGGCCGUCUUCUCCAGCUACCUCUUCGUAGAAGUUCUUUGUCUGGUAAACUUGUCCAUCAAGUCCUUUGCCGUUCUCUGAUUACCAAGAAACGCCAUGAGUUGUGGUUCAUAUAUGGCGGGCAACCAAUUCGCUUCUCAAUGAGAGAGUUCGCAAUACUCACUGGUCUUAACUGUAAUCCCUACCCUUCCGAGGAUGAGAUUAAGAGGAUGCAAAACCCAUGUGGCAAGGAUUUACAUUACUGGACAUCUUUAUUUGGUCCACACAGCUCCAUGACGAUACGCGAGAUUGUCGAUUGGCUGAAGCGUGACAAAAAAUUCCCCAAAAACAAAAGAAUGGAUGGGCAGAAGCGAUUAAAGCUAGCACUCAUUGUUAUAGUUGAGGGUAUUCUCGUCUGCGAUUCGUCCAAUGUCAGAGCUUCUAGGAAGGUUGCACAGAUGGUUAAGGAUGUUGACACCUUUGAUAGCUUCCCGUGGGGACGGAUGUCAUUUGCGCGUACAUUGGCGACUAUAUCUUUUGGGUCAGCCAUCGACUCUGCCGAUAUCCUUGCUCAAAAACUCAUGCAAUCCCACACGGCCACACAUGGAUUCACCCUUGCAAUCCAAUUGCUAAUCCUUCAAACAGUCCCCCUGCUUCAGCGAUAUCUAAUAGAUGCUGAUGACAAGCAGACAUUCACCGUGCGAUCGGUUUCCCAGCUCACUAUGCUCAAGACCUUCCACAACUCUAACAUUUUGGAGACAGAGAUGGACAAGAACCUCGAGGUUGAUUGUCUCUUGAAUUCGCGAGACGAUUCUGAGUUAGGAACCCUGUCAUGGAUUGACGAGGUGGAAGAUGAUGGGGUUACUUUUAUCCUUGAUAAGCUCAGACAUGGGCACAGGUUUAAGGUUGAUGAUUGGCAUGGAGGUGUCUCUAAUCUCCCAUCGAUUGCACAGUCCCCCAAGAAAGCGGAACCAACUGUAGGUGGCAAGCGUAGGAAGCCCCGUCUCACAAAACGGAGGGUAGAUGUCCCUAAUAGUCCCAUUCAGCAUCCUGUAGCUGAGGACUCACCAAAAACCGACUGGUUUGGUAGCAAUCUUUCCAGGGAGCUACUUGCAGAAGUCGACAAACGCAACGCUGAGUUGUUAUCAGAAAUAGAGCGCAAGUGGGUACUCGAAAGAGCGUCGUUGAAGAGGGAGAUUGUUGAUGAUAUGAUCCAGAGGUUGUGUGAAAAAGGACAAAGCAAGGGUGGACCCACUUCAAAUGAUUCAAAUUUUUUGGAUGAACUUAACAAGUCCUCAUGGCCUGCUUACGGUGAUGACAUUAUAGACAUUCUUCGGGACAUAAAUAAAUCAGAAGACAAGGGAGCUGGCGUUAACGACGAGCAGGAUCACCAUUCCAACGACAAGGUUGAUGAAGCUCAUGUUUCAGCCGACCACAAAGCGGACACUACUUCUGUGGACACUGAGGAAUCAUCUCAUCGAACCGAGGAAUCCGGUGAGGAACAACAAUCCCACGGUGAGGAACAAGAAUCCCCCGGUGGAGGACAUAAUUUUGUCCACUGCUCGCAACCUGUUGUAACCGAGCUAGAUGAGGACGUCCAUGAGUUAUCAGAUUCUGAACAGUCUUCGCACACCAAUGAUGGGUCACACAGCUCGGACCAGGACGUGGAUGGCGGACAAUCUACCAAUGAUGAGCAGUCUCUUUCACAGGACACAACUGAUGAUCCCAAGACCAAGAUAUUGUCCAAAAAAAGGAAGAACCCCAUUGUAGAUCAAGUUCUCACACCGUGGCCAACUAAGAGACGGAGGAGAGGUCCAAGAAGGUAUGGCCAAUCGUCCCAAAAGAAGGACGAGGUUGACUCUUCUCAAGAUGACGAGUAUGACCCUUUCAAGGAGGUUAAACCACAACUAAAGAAAAUGUUUCUAGAAAAGCUAGCCUCCCAUACCAGAAAGGAGUAUAUCAUCGAUGGGCAUGCUGUCAAACCAAACUUUUUCAAGGUUUUAUACACCUGCUCCCAGUGGGUUGAGAAUCAGCAUAUGAAAGCAUUGCUCAGCUAUACAUGGAGGCGCUAUGGUGAGCAUUUCUUCGACGAACGCAUUGCUGUCCUGGACACAUGGUUUUCUCGCAUCGUAUGCGAUGAGCUCCCCCGAUUUAACCGCCUAAAAAAGAAUGGUGUUCCUUUCGGGUGGAACAGUGUCAUCAAGAACUACGUCCGUGGGAAUGUCCCCAAUCGCCAGGGAAAGCUUGCUUGGUUCACCGACGUAGACAUCAUCUACCUGCCAAUGAGAUGGGGUAAACGUCAUUGGGUUGCUCUUAAAAUUCGCCUCAAGCAUGGUUCUAUUUGGAUCCUCGACACUCUAAAAGCCGAGAACAACCCUGCAAUGGUGAAGAAGAUUAUGAAGCCUUUAGUUAAUCUGCUCCCACAUAUAAUCAAAGAUCUCGUCGGAGAAAGUUUCAUUGAUUCUCCCCUGCCUACCGUGUUCACCGCCAACAGGGUAGCUGAUGUUUAUCAAUCUGUCAGCCCCGGAGAUUGCGGACCUCUAACUGUGAAGCUUAUCGAGAUGCACGCACAUGGAAUUAGAGGGGACGAUUGCAUAACAGAAGCCAUGGUUGACACGAUGAGGAUGAAAUAUGCCAUUGAUGUCUUCCAAGAUUGUGUUGUUUCUUUGUUUCCUUAA